AUGGUUCUACCUCCUAAGUGGAAAAUAAACUGCAGGAAGUGGUUACCAAUAACACAGGAACUAAGCUUCCAAAAAUUUAUUGAACAAUCUGACUUACUAGAAGAACUUAAAUAUGACUUCAAUGAAAAAGCUGAGUUGAGACACCUAGAGACACAAAGGCCUUUUAUCUAUAAUUAUUAUAAAAAUGUCCCUGAGAGGAAUUGCAAGCGCUACCAGGCCCUUAGCCAUUUGCUUGAAAAAUACAUUUAUGAGCUUUUGGAGAAAGUGUGCAAAUUACAAAAAGUAUACAUCCCACCAGAAGCUGAAAAGGAACCAAGAAGCUUCUUUUUUAUGAGUGAGAGAGCAUUAACAAAUCAUCAUUCUGCUCUUCUCGUUCUUCUUCAAGACCAUGGGGUCUUUCGAGCUGGUCAGUGGAGUCAGCAGGCAAUAAUACAUCAUGGGCUACAACAUGGAAGUCAGAUCCCAUGUAUUCAAAUGGCAUUGCAGGCACAUUAUGAUGUAAUUGUGCUAAACCCCAAUGACAAUUUUGUGGACCUAAAGAUGGAAAAAGAAUGGAAAGGUCUUUUAACACAAAAUAUUGAGUCCUCUUCCCUAAAAAUGGUUCAAACUGAGAGGUUUUUAUCUCUCCGGUAUAUUCCAAAAAGAUGCAGCAGAACUCCUGAAGAACACAUGGCUUACAUUUGGGAUUCCUUCAUUUCAAAGACUGAAGGCAAGGAUGUUGCCUUCAUUGUACAUGGUUAUGGAGGCUUGGUUUUUAUGGACUUGCUUGUUCACAGAAAGUGGGAAGUGAUGAGCAAAGUAUAUGCUGUUGCACUUAUUGACUCUCAACAUCAUGUAGGGCAUCAGCUAGGAAGCGAUGUACAGUUGUUAGCAUGGAUAAAGCAUCACUGCCGUGAAUGGGUGACAAGCCCUAAACCUCUGGAUAAACCUGCAACUACUGUUUUGAAAAAAGAGUUUCCUAUGGUUUCUGCUGGUACAGAAAAACAUGACUUGGCCCUUUCCUCUAGCCUUCAGUCAAUUUUUAAAUACUUUAAAAGAGCUCUGAAAGCCAAAACGACUAUUAAUUUCUCUCCUGUGCCAAAAAGUUGCUUGCAGCGGAGCACAAGCAGCUAUCCACCCUCCGGCCCCACAGCGCCGCUUUCCAGACAAGAAUGCAAACCCCUGAGUUGUGACGUCAUAAGACCGCGCCGACCGGAGAGGGCGGGAUUUCCGGCUGUGGUCAACGCUCGGAUCGUGGGCCUGCGACGGUUUCCGCAAGAAAGCGUAGUCGUGCUGUGGAUUAGGUUGGCAGUGGUCUUUGAGGGGCUGCACCUCACCGCGGAGUCCUACGUCCUAUCCGGCUGGAGCCACAGUCUCUGCAGUCCUGGUAUGGGCGUUUGUUGUCGUCUCGCAGUGUAUGUGUUGAAAUGGAAGAAAGCGAGAGACGUUCUAAGACUUAGCUUGUGCAUUCAGAAGCCCCGCAGUUAA